CCCAGAUAGGGCUCGACAAAUUGUUUGUUUUUGAAUUUCGACAAAAUUCGAUAUUAUUUCUGCUCUUUCACGAGACAACAGUAUUUUCGAGAAUUUCGUACGUUCGCACGUGUUUUGUUUUCUUUUCAAUUGGAAUUUGCCGUUAGCUCGAAGGAAUUUCACAACAAAAAGCGUUGUGCGACAAACCCAUGGAGCACGUCAACUAUACCAGCAUCAGCCAGCUGGCCGCUGACGGCAACAGCAGUGCAAAUGCCGCAAUGAUACUUUGCUGCGAAUGUGGCGUCGCCAUACAACCAAAUCCUGCCAAUAUGUGUGUGACAUGUUUGCGGAAUCAUGUGGACAUUACGGAGAAUAUACCAAAGCAGGCGGUGCUGCAUUUUUGUCGCAACUGCGAACGUUAUCUGCAGCCGCCCAACGAAUGGGUACAGGCAGCCCUUGAGUCUCGUGAGCUGCUUGCCGUUUGCCUGAAGAAGCUCAAAGGACUCAAAGAAGUGAAACUGGUCGAUGCGGGCUUCAUCUGGACCGAACAGCACUCGAAACGCAUCAAGGUGAAGCUGACCGUGCACGGCGAAAUCUCCGGCGGCACUGUGCUGCAACAGGUCUUCAUUGUUGAGUUCACCGUACAGAAUCAAAUGUGCACCGAUUGCCAUCGCACCGAGGCAAAGGACUUCUGGCGCUGCCUGGUCCAGGUGCGUCAGCGUGCCGAAAACAAGAAGACCUUCUACUAUCUGGAACAGCUGAUACUCAAAUACAAGGCGCACGAGAAUACGCUGGGCAUCAAGCCGGAGCAUGGCGGUCUUGAUUUUUACUAUGUCAGCGAGAAUCAUGCCCGUCGCAUGGUUGAUUUUCUGCAAACCAUGGUCCCAGCCAAGGUGACAACAUCGAAGCGCCUCAUCUCGCACGAUAUACACAGCAACAACUACAAUUACAAGUACUCUUGGUCUGUCGAAAUAGCGCCCGUAUCGAAGGACAGCGCCGUCUGCAUCUCGAAGAAGCUGCGCCAGCAGCUGGGCAACAUUUCGCCCGUUUGUCUGGUGAAUCGCGUCUCGAGCAACAUACAUCUCAUCGAUCCAUUGACGGGACAAAUUGCCGAACUAACCACACAGGUAUAUUUCCGGGCACCCUUCGAGGCCAUCUGCAAUCCCAAGCAGCUGGUCGAGUAUGUGGUCAUGGACAUUGAUGUCAUACACGAGAAGGAUCGCAAAUGCUAUCCCGGCCAGGGUAUGUUGUCCAAUAAGCAUGCCCUCUGCGAUGUGUGGGUGGUGCGCACCUCCGAGCUGGGCAUCAACGAUAAUCCCAUACACACGCGCUCCCAUCUGGGACAUCUGCUCAAGGUGGGCGACUCGGUGAUGGGCUACAAUACCGGCGAGGCGAACAUCAAUGAUCCCGAAUUUGAUAAAUUGCCAUCGCAUCUGAUACCGGACGUAAUACUGGUGCGCAAACAUUACGAUCGACAGACGCGUCUCAGCCAACGCCUAUGGAAGAUCAAGCAUCUGGCCGAUGAGAAGACCGAUGAGCGCAGCAAAUACGAUUAUCAUGAGUUUCUCGAUGAUAUCGAGGAGAAUCCCGAUAUACGCGGACACAUCAACAUUUAUCGUGAUAGCAAAAAGCCGCUGCCCAUCGAGGUGCAGCCGAGCGCCGGCGAUGUGCCCCAGAUAACGCUCGCCGAGAUGCUCGAGGAUAUGACGCUAGACUGUGCCGACGAUGAGAUGGGUGACGGCAGCGAGCAGCCGGACGCCGCAGAGCUGCCGGAGCCGCAGCUAUAGAAAGUUAAGCUUUUUCUUUAAUUUUAUUUAUGUAUUUACAUGUACAUAAUUUCUAUAUAUUGUGUGUAUAUAUUUGCGGAAUAAAACCAACAUUACAUUUUCCAUGGAUAUCUACGGCGCCAGAUAAACUCUACAAAAACGAUCCCGAUAUAAUUUGGCAUAGGUUUUUUUUUCCCUCAAUUACAAAACAACAUCGAGAUUUCCCUUUCAAAUUGCAAAGAUCGCGCAUGAUUAACUUUCGCAUACAUAUCUAUAUAUAUAUAUAUAUAAACUUGAUUUGAAUAAGUAUUAGAUUUGAUUUACAUUUAGAUCGAUUUGCUAUAUAUCAUAUGGUGCAUAUCGUAAUCAUGCUACAACAGAUCCGAUUUUGAUUUGAAUUCGUAAUUUCGUUUAACACAUUUAGAUUCAAAUUGAUUUUCACUGUUCAGAACAGCCACAUUAUAUAUAUACGUGUAAUAGGAACAAUCGUGUGAAAUAAUAGGCUGAGAUCGGGCUAAUAAUAUAUGGGUUUAACCUCUUCCCUAUACAGAUCAGGAACAAUUGAUAGAAGCGAGAGCUGGCUUUCAUAUAGAUGUACAUAAAUUCGAUUUGCAUAUAGAUUAUAGAUAUAGAGAUUUGAUUGGGAAUCGUAAACGUGUACUUAAUUUAAUACAAUUGAACUAAAAACAACAACAACAACAAAUA